GGACGCUCCCUGUCAACAGCCGGUUUCAAGGGGACCCGCAGCAGCGCGUCAGGCUGCGGCUGUUCCACCAACUCCCGCUGUCACCCUCCCGUCAGCUUUCAACUACUUUCACCAACUUUCUAACUAGUUUCAGUAACUUUGUGCUCAGCUCAGCGAGUCUCCGGAGGGAAGCAGCGGAGGAGUCAGCCCGGAGAGGAACCGUUAACUUCAGCUGCUGCUUCAGGGAGAACCAGGAGAACCAGAGAGAACCGUGAACUGCAGUUUCGGCCGAAGCUGGGUCACCUCCCCCGGGCAGCGAUGGACGAGCUGUAGCCGACCUCCCCCCCCCGUGCUCCACAGCUCCGUGCCCGCCUGAAGAGAGACGUCCGCCCGCUGAAGAGAUGGAUCCGAGCUCCGUCAUCACACAAGUGAACCGGGAGGAGGAGGCGAGCCGAGCCGGAGCCGAGCGAGGCUCUUCUCCGUCUCUCUCCACCAAGAAGCCGAGGAGCAGAGGCCUGAUCUCCAGCCUGUUCUGCUGCCUCUGCCGGGACCAGCCCGAACCCCCCCCGGUCAACAACAACGCCCCCCUGCUGGUGGAGGAGAACGGCACCGUCUCCAAGAUCCAGGUGAAGCCGCUGCUUCCUCCACUGAAGUCAAAAGACUCUGGAAAGAUCUGUGUGGUCAUAGAUCUGGACGAGACGUUGGUCCACAGCUCCUUCAAGCCGGUGAACAACGCAGAUUUCAUCAUUCCCGUGGAUAUAGAAGGAACCGUGCACCAGGUCUACGUCCUGAAGCGACCACACGUCGACGAGUUCCUCAAAAGGAUGGGAGAGCUGUUUGAGUGCAUCCUGUUUACCGCCAGUUUAGCCAAGUACGCAGACCCGGUUUCCGACCUCCUGGACAAGCGUGGCGUCUUCCGCCAUCGCCUCUUCCGAGAGUCCUGCGUUUUCCACAGAGGAAACUACGUGAAGGACCUGAGCCGCCUGGGUCGCGACCUGAACAAGGUCAUCAUCGUGGACAACUCCCCCGCCUCCUACGUCUUCCACCCCGACAACGCCGUGCCUGUGGUCUCGUGGUUCGACGACAUGUCCGACAGCGAGCUGCUGGACCUCAUCCCGUUCUUCGAGAGGCUGAGCAAAGUGGACAACGUCUACACGGUCCUCCAGCACCAAGGCCCAGCGAGCUAACAGCGUUAGCGUUGACCUCCUCCUCUCCGGGCAGGGCCGCACAUCACGUCAACCAGCUCCUGCACCUGGGAGCGUUUCCCUGAAUGCAUCCAUCUCCAGGAGUCAUCACUGCCACCUACUGGCCAAACAGAAAACUGCCUAACUUCACUUUCCCUCCUCGACACAAACCAGCUCUCGUGUGAACGGACGAAACUGAUGAAGGAAUAAAUGUUGGAGGACGUUUCUCCACUGAACCUGAACGUGAAGCUCCAAGCAGGAGGCGGGAGGAGAGGGAUUUUGGGAAAGUUCUACGAUCGGACGACUCAUGAGUUCUGUGUUUGUUCUUAGAAAACACUUGAGUCAUGUUAUGUCCGUCACUCGGCCUCAUCUUCUGCAGCUGUCGUCACGUGACGCUCGAGCUUUUACAGCAAAGUCAGGAAACGAUGAUCCUCCCUUCACUGCAGUUUAGAUUUAUGAAUCCCAGUUUGAGUAUUUAAUAAUAAUAAUUAAUAAGAUUUUUCUAUAAAAAAAAUAUCUUUAAACAACAGGAAGAAAAGUAAACUUUGAAGCACAGGAUCAAAUCUAUGUAUUAAUAGGACGACUGCAGAUUUUUAUUUUUCUCAAACUCCGACUUGUGUACGAACCUCAAACCACCUGAAUGUGACGUGAAGCAGCCGGACGCCGGACGGCCGAAGCACCAACGUAUCCCUCCGCCUGCGAGACGAGAGGACCAGCAUCUGAAACCAGCCGACGUUGCGUCAUCUUUUAAAAAAGUUCUGUAAUCUGUUUUUAAAGCCACGAACAAAACUUGAAUAUUUCAAGGCGUUGACAGAAAGUUUUCUUUUUUAUGAAGCGGUACACGUUCGCUUGAAACUGUUUCAGGACGCUGAAGAAUGCUGGUUUCCUCCUGCAGCUCCGCCCCCUGUGGUUCAAUGGAGUGACGACACGGAGCCUGGCUGCUUAAUUCUUUUAAAGCUCUACGACUUCCUGAUUGGUCGAUUCGUGGGACCACCUGGUCAACAGGAGGCGUUGAAAUGCGUCGCCUGUAAACCACGUGUGGACUCUGACAAAUGAAAGCGGUGGAUUUAAAGAAAGACGCUGACGUAAACGAGACGAAACCAGAGACUAAAUAAAGAUGGACGACAUUAAAGUGAAGCCAAAGCGUCUCCAUCGCCCCCUGGUGGCCGGCUGUAGUAGAGGUCAUAAACCUCUGUUUCUAACGAGUCAAAGAAGGGUUAGUUCUUAUCACACUGUUUGUUUAAGUGUUUGAAUUAGUUAGUUAAUGACUCCGAAUGAUGUCACCACCACAAGAUGGCGUCGCUCCAACCCCGGAUAUUUAGGCUUCACUUAUGGUCAGUGGAAGGAAGUAGAGACGUGUCGUCCAUCUUUAUUUACAUUCUGAAGGACAAUUAGAUCCACCACAUUAAGAGCUGUUUCAUUACUUUCUAUGUUUAACAAAUUCCUUUCUGAAUAAUUAGUCAUUUUAAUGAUUACGGUGCAGCAGUAAUAUUUACAGUUCCAUGACAGACGUGUUUGAGUUCACAGGUUCGUGUGUGAAGCAGCCGAGCGUCUGACUGUGAUUGGCCCAGACAGGGUCACAUGUGUGUUACCUGUUCCCACAUGUCUUCAUCUUGAAUUCACAGGACAGAGUUUAUAGGAACGUUUGUGUCUCUGCAGGACUCGUUCUUCUCACGUUCACUAGAGUUGUAUAUUUAGUUUUGCACAGUAAUAAAACCACUGUCGUUAAUAUAUGAGAUAUUCCUGUUGUCAUGACUCAGUAGAUGUAACCUAGUUCUUCACCUGUGUCGUUCUAUCAAACCAAAUUAUACAUGAACCGUGUAAUGAUGUUAUUUCCUUUUUCCAUAAAUCUGAAGUCAAACAUG